UCGGGCCGCAUUGACAAGGCCUACCCCACAGUGUGUGGUCACACGGGCCCUGUGCUGGACAUCGACUGGUGCCCCCACAAUGACCAGGUCAUCGCCAGUGGCUCGGAGGACUGCACAGUUAUGGUAAGGUUACAAUCACCCCUCUCCCUCACACGCCUCAGCAGAGACUGUUCCUCUCAGUGGAGCAGUACACUAAUGUGUGUUUGUUCAUACUUAACCUGUUGCUCUAUACACACCCUCUCACCGAUGCCAACCGACAGGAGAUGACACAUUUUGGUUGUGAAAGGCCAGACUGAUAGUGUAGGGAAGGGUGCCGAAUCAGAUCGUGAUAGGGUAGCUAAGCAUGGGUGCAGGCAGGGCUCGCCCUCUAGUCUGGAUUAGAUUAGACGCAGAGAGAGACGUGUCGUAUAGGAAUCAGCUCUGGGGAAUGAUUUAGCCUUUUUAUAGGGCUGAGGUCACUAACUUGUUUGAGGCUGGUGCUGUACUUUUCUCCAUAUGUCCUUAUUUGGGCUGUGAACGGCAGUGAUCAGUGUGUGCAGUGUACUUCACUGUGCUCUACCACUUCCCCACCUGUAGGCGUUGACUUCCCCAAGCAACUCUCUGAACACCAGAAAAAUACCUCAGUCUGUGAAAUGGGUGCAGUGUUCCAAGUGUAUUUUCAGAAGUUGAACCGCCAAAGGUUCCUCUCUCUUCAGAACUUUUGAUAUUGCUGCUAGAAAUACCCCCUGAAUAGGUUCUCUAAAAGUAAUGUUGACUUUAGAUUAAGUUUCCUGAUGUGUUGCUGUUGAGACUCCUGAAUCCAUAGUGACUUUCAACUUUAGUCUUCAUUUCCAUAGAUCAUGUUCUGAUUCUGCAAUGUUGACCAUAUUUGUAUAGUCUCUACUGGCUGUUUUGUCAGGAGGAAGUAAGCUACUCAGUAUGUACAUAAGUAUGGUGAGUGACUUUAGAUCUCUGCUGCCACCUUGAGUCUCAUGGUUGUAAGUGUGAUCUACUGACUUACUGUCACAGUAAUGUCAAUCUAAAAGGGUUUUUGACAAGUUGGUUCAUGUGAAUGUACUGCUUUCUGCGGUCCACCAGUUUAGCGCUUUAUGACACAACAGCAGGGGAACUGCAGCCAUACAUUCUGACCUCAGUAUAUGAUGCUAUAAUGACCCUAGCUAUGCCCUGGUCCUCACCCCUGACCUCUGACCCUUCUCUCUGUCUGCAGGUGUGGCAGAUCCCUGAGAACGGACUGGUUACUGGCCUGUCUGAGCCUGUUGUGGUCCUGGAGGGACAUUCCAAAAGAGUUGGCAUCAUCACAUGGCACCCCACGGCACGCAACGUCCUGCUCAGUGCUGGUGAGUGGUGUCCUCCUUAUCUCCCGAUUGGCGCAGUGGUCUAAGGCACUGCAUCGCAGUGCUAGCUGUUCCACUAGAGAUCCUGGUUGGAAUCCAGGCUCUGUCGUAGCCGGCCGCGACCGGGAGACCCAUGGGGCGGCGCACAAUUGGCCCAGCGUCGUCCAGGGUAGGGGAGGGAAUGGCCGGCAGGGAUGUAGCUCAGUUGGUAGAGCAUGGCGUUUGCAACGCCAGGGUUGUGGGUUUGAUUCCCACGGGGGGCCAGUAUGAAAAAUAAAAUAAAAAUAUAUAUAUAUAAUAAUAAUGUAUGCACUCACUAACUGUAAGUCGCUCUGGAUAAGAGCGUCUGCUAAAUGACUAAAAUGUAAAUGUAAAAUGUCCUCUAGUGUUGCAUGGUAUACCAAAAUGCCUGUACUUAUUCGAUACUAGAACAUAAAAAAUGGUUCGGUACUAUAAUUUUUGUUACUUCCGCUACUUCUGUCGAAUUUCUCACGGAUCAACUCUGUAUCAGCGCAGCCAAUGUCCCCCUUAGCGCGAGCGCACCGUGCCUGCUACACUUAGCCUGCACUGGGAGUCUGGGCUGCAUCAGGUUUGCUCCCCACUCAUGCUGCACAGAAAUGAACACACUUGAAUAAUGCGACACGGCAUGUAGAAAUGUUGAAACUGUUCAUUAUUGUUCGCAAAACAAUGUCUACAGGCUAGAACACUUUACAAUGCAAUAAGAUACCAGUAGCUUCCAGCUUUGUAGGUUAAGUUUCCUUACUAGCUGAAGCCAACAUCAAUUCACUACCCUAGUACUUUGUAACGCAAAAUAUGCUGAUUUCAAAGCUGAUUGCUACCAAAACUUUAUUGAUUCACUUAAUCGGACUCGCUCACGUCUCUCCCAAAGAUGAUCUAUUGCCUCAGCGAACUGACUGUGUGUGGGCCAUGACAGGCCACACCCCUCUUGUGAAUGAUGUCAUUACUGGUUAGAGACAGCGCACACUUUUAUAAAAAUAAACUACUUCUAUGCAAAUGUUGUUGCUCAGUACAGUACAAUACAUCCCAAAUGGAAGGGAAACAGAUUGUCAUCUGUAGCCCCAUGAAAUCAGCCAAAACAAGCUCAAUUACUCAAUGCAUGCACACACACUCCUAUUGAAUAUGCAUUCAUCUGUAUUGCAGAUAGGCCUAGGCUAUAUCUUGAUUUAUCCAGUUUAUCAAUAGAGAUUUACCAUUCCAAUUAAACAUUUUAUAUUUUAGUCAUUUAGCAGACGCUCUUAUCCAAAGCGACAUACAGCAUUUUCGUACUAUAAAUAAAUGAUUACCAUUAUGUUAUGUACUUAGUGGUAAAAACAAAGUCAAAUUGAUUAAUUAAUGCAUACAUGGCUGUCUCUGAAAAAUGUUGACGUAAAACAUUUCCAAUGUAAUAAUGUUGAACUCAGAAAUGCCUAACGAUUGAACAGAGCAGUAGGUACGCUAGCGUAUGCUACUGUACCUGUAGACGUCGUCAUUGCUUAAUUGCCAGAAUCUCGCAGUAUCCCUUUAAGAAUGACCCUGUCCUCCAUGUCAAAACCAAACCAGAAUGAACUAAGAGUUGUAGAUGGUAUUAUUUUGCCAUAUCAGUGGUAUUGUGUCCAUGCUUCUCUUGUGUAUUGUGUGUAUAUUAAAUGUGUGUAUUCCUCAGGCUGUGACAACCUGAUCAUCAUCUGGAACGUGGGGACGGGCGAGGCCAUGAUUCAGCUGGAGGAAAUGCACCCUGAUGUCAUCUUCAGCGCCUGCUGGAACCGCAACGGCAGCCUCAUCUGCACCGCCUGCAAGGACAAGACCAUCCGUGUCAUCGACCCCCGCAAGGAGGAGAUCGUAGGGGUGAGCACCACUGACAGGACUUUCACUAACAAAUCUGCUGUAUAGGGUUGUCAAAUUCCGGUAACUUUCCCCCAAAAGAAUCUAAUUUCAAGGGAUCUCUCUGAGAUGAUGAUUUAGGAUGUACGUACAUUAUGUUGAUGUUGACCCUCUGUGUCACAGGAGAAGGAAAAGGCACACGACGGGGCGCGGCCGAUGAGGGCCAUCUUCCUGGCGGACGGGAACGUGUUCACCACAGGCUUCAGCCGUAUGAGUGAGCGACAGCUAGCCCUGUGGAACCCGGUGGGUCACCCUGUCCUCCUCACCAUCACAACUCCUGGGCUGAGUCCCAAAUGGCACCCUCUAUUCCCUUUAUAGUGGACUACUUUUGCACUAUAUUAAAAGUAGUGCACUAUAUUAAAGAUGUUACUGGACUGCUCAGUAACUGACUUUAUGUCAACGUUUAAUUUACAGCAAGCCAUGGACGAGGCAAUCUCAGUGCAUGAGAUGGACACCAGCAAUGGAGUUCUCUUGCCCUUCUAUGACCCAGACACCAAUGUGGUUUAUCUGUGUGGUAAGGUAAGUGGAGAUUACAUACAUACACAUCCAUUUGAUCUGCUGUGCAUGUAACGUAUAACAAGUCUUACUUUGAUCCAUGAAGUUAGGCAUGAUGAAGUGUUAUCCAUGAAGCCAUUACUAAAACGUCAUACUGUAUCUUAAACUUUAGUCUAUUGCUGCUCAUUAAGUCAUCAACCAAAAAAAAAAAAGGAUUUCAGACAAACAAUAAAAGGCCGUUAUCUUGUCUCUGUGGUUUGUAGGGUGACAGCAGCAUCCGCUACUUUGAGAUCACAGACGAGGCCCCAUUUGUCCACUACCUCAACACCUUCACCACCAAGGAGCCCCAGAGGGGGAUGGGAUACAUGCCCAAGAGAGGUCUGGACGUCAACAAGUGUGAGAUCGCCAGGUAGGGCUCGCUGGAUAGGGAAACGGAUCAGCCAUUUUAGGACUGCUCUAUCAUAUCUGAUAAUCAUGCUUUGUUGGGCACAACCCUGAUCCAGUUCAGCAAGGUCUAGUUGAUUAGUUGAACCAAGUGUUUUGGUGCUUGGCUGGGUCUAUGAUGAGGGUCAAUGAGGUGGCCCUAAACGGAAGGCAUGACUUGUGAUGUGACGCUAUUAGCUGUCCAUGUCCACCAGGAGGCAGCACAGAACCACAUGUUGGAGGAGAGCUCUCUCCUUCUAAACUGUGUUUAACUCAGGCCCUGCCAACCAAAAUCAUGUACCAUGCAGUUCUACAGCUCCAUGUUUACUGAGGCUGCCUGAGAGUAUUGCCAGUGUCCUGGAAGUAGAAGUGCAUUGGGCUGGGCUGCAGUGUGUGUAAAAGGAUGUUAGACAGUAGGCCUGUUAUAUGAUGUUGUGAAUAAUAUGCUUAUUUGUACUUCUAUGUUGACAGGUUUUAUAAACUGCACGAAAGGAAGUGUGAACCUAUCAUCAUGACUGUGCCCAGAAAGGUGAGCUUCUUCAUUCUGAUCUAGAGACAGUCGAUAUAUGAAUGAUUAAAACAAUCAAUGCCACAUUUAACUCAAGCUGUCUGUUUUGAGGCUAGGGAUAGAUGAUAGAAUAUUGUGGGGUGAUUUCCUGGACACAGAUUAAGAAAGCAAGAUCAAUGAAGAAUCUCAGUUGAAAAUGCUUUUUCAUCCAGGAUUAUGUUUAAUCUGUGUCUUGGUAACUGGAACUAUGCAUACAGUGUUCUCUAACAGCUGUCUCUGUGCCCCUCUCUCUCUCCCUCUCUCUCCCUCUCUCUCUCUCUCCCUCUCUCUCCCUCUCUCUCUCUCUCCCUCUCUCUCCCUCUCUCUCUCUCUCCCUCUCUCUCCCUCUCUCUCCCUGCAGUCUGACCUGUUCCAGGACGACCUGUACCCAGACACGGCAGGACCAGACUGUGCCAUCGAGGCGGAGGAUUGGUUCGAGGGGAAGAACGGCGAGCCCAUCCUCAUAUCCCUGAAGAACGGCUACGUCCCUGGCAAGAACCGCGACCUCAAGGUGGUCAAGAAGAACAUCCUGGACAACAAGCUGAGCAAGAACGCGGAGAAAAGGGGCCCAGCCAACAAGUCUGCCUCGCCCACUCCAUCCAGAGUGAGGAUUACUGUCUGUCUCUGUCUGGGGAGGACUCUGACUGGGUUGUAUUGGAGAGACUGUUACAUUCUCUCUCCACUCUAUUUCAUUGGUUCCCAACUCCAGUCCUAGAGUACCCUCAACAGCACACAUUUUUGUUGUGUUCCGGACUAACAUACCUGAUUAAACUCAAUGAGGGCCUGAUGAUUAGUUGACAAGUAGAAUCAGGUGUGCUUGUCCGGGACUACAAUAAAAAUGUGUACUGUUGGACGUACUAGCGGACAGGAGUUGGGAAACACUGCUCUAUUUUAUGGAUACAAGUACUACCCACCAGACACCAGGAUAUUAUUCUGUAUGUGCAAUGUGCCAUUAGUGUUUUGAGUGGAAGUUGACACCAGACUGGAUCAGUAUACCAACAUUACAGUAUGUAUCUACAUGGGUAUGUACAGUGCUUUCCCAGGACUAGUCUGAUGAUCACCACACCCACCACCACCUUACCACUGAAACAGGCAUUAAAUGGCCUUUAGUUCAGCCCUGGCCUCGACAUGUUGCAGCCGGGGACUUGGAACGUGAAGAGGGGGGUGGCUGCCUGACUUCAUAAGGUGGUUACUAGAAGUCUCCACCCCCCUCGCUCUCUCUGACCCACUAACUGAGGGGCGGUUGCUGCUCUGGGCGUCCUGCCCCACCUCGCCCACAACACAGCCACCCGCGUGGGACCCAGCCCUGGCCUCCGCAUCUAUCUGCAGCUCUGGCCUGUAAUCAUGGCAGACUGGGCGCACCAUGUUAACCCUCAGGGUGUCACAGGGUACUGGAGCCCUGCCUGCCUGCAGCAUAGCAUGCCUGCAGGGAUAGAAUGGAUCUGAGGAAAUUCACUAUAUAUAUAUAUAUAUAUAUAUAUAUAUAUAUAUAUAUAUAUAUAUAUAUAUAUAUAUAUAUAUAUAUAUAUAUAUAUACACACACAGUGUGUAGACCAGGGAUCAUCAACUAGAUUCAGACACGGGCAGAUUUGUUUUCUUGAGCGGAUGGUCAGGGGGCUGGAACAUAAUUACAAAUCAUUUGCAAAAUGACCGCAAGAAGCCCAAAACGGAUAUAAUAUUUGACUAAAACAUAAUCAUUUCAAAACUUGCUUACAUUUUGUAUUCGAUCAUAUAUCUCUCUAUUAUGGGUGGGAAUAUUUUGGAACAGAUUUCCAAAAUAAAAAUCAUUGGCGCUGAUUUGCUGGUGUUUUUACAGUACAACAAUAAAACAAUAAAACUUUAAUAAACAUAUUUUUUAAAUGCUCAUUUGGGGGCCAAAUAAAAUCGUCCGCGGGCCGCAAGUUAGGGAACCCUAAUGUAGACCCUACAUUUCUUUUCAGAUAACAAAAUACCAAAUCUGUUGAAUUCACAGCAAUUUCGUCUUGGUGCAAAAGCUUUUAACUAUACUAGGACUGGUACAAACAUCUCCAGAAAGGGCCUCUCAUGUCUUGCUCUGUCUCUGUAUUCCUCAGAAAAACGAAGCCAAGCUGGAUGAGGUCUUGAAAGAAAUCAAAUCCCUCAAGGACCUGGUCAGCAGUCAGGAGAAGCGAAUCAUCCAACUCGAGGAGCAGAUGUCCAAGAUCGCCAUUUAA